AUGGCAAACGGAGGCGGCGGUGGUGGCGGCGGCAUCACCCUGGCAGACGUUGCCAAGCACAACACCAAGACGGACUGCUGGGUGGUGGUCGAUGGCCAGGUGCUUGACGUCACCAGCUUCUUGUCGGAGCACCCCGGCGGCGAGCUGGCUAUCCUCACCUUCGCCGGAAAGGAUGCCACGGAGGAGUUCAACAUGAUCCACCCUCCGGAUGUGAUUGGCAAGUAUGCUCCUGACUCCGUCAUUGGUAUGAUCGGUGGCGGUGGUGGCGCAGGCGGCGCAGUUGCUGCUGCCGGCGGAGGUGGCGGCGGCGGGGGAGGCAUCCCAAUGACCGAGGUGGCCAAGCACAACAGCAAGUCGGACUGCUGGGUGGUGGUCGAUGGUCAGGUGCUGGACGUCACCAGCUUCCUGUCGGAUCACCCCGGUGGCGAGCUGGCCAUCCUCACCUUCGCCGGGAAGGACGCCACGGAGGAGUUCAACAUGAUCCAUCCCCCGGAUGUCAUCGGCAAGUACGCUCCAGACUCCGUGAUCGGUGCGGUCGGCUCCGGCGUGGCAGCUGCUGCCAGCGCCGCCCCCAAGGCGGGCGGCGGCGGGCCCAUCAGGAAAGACACAGGCAGCAAGCUCGGCAACCAUGCCGCCUGGGGUCACCUGGACGGGGCGCCGAACUGGCGAGUGGACCUCGACGAGAACCCAGGUGUCCUCCUUAUCAAUGUCAAGUCGUACUUCAAUGCGACCUGGUUCCUGCUGCUCUCAGUGCUGUAUGAAGUUUGCGCCACCAUCUUCUCUGCCAAGAACAUCAAGAUCUCCAACGACCGCCUGGGUCUCACUCGCAGCGCCAUCCUCCUGGUGCUCUUCAUCGUCAUCCACGCAGUGGGAAACCUCCACGUUUUUAAAGGCCCAGAUGAUUUCAAUGGCUACGGCUACUUCUACGUGCGCCUCUACUGGACGGGCUUUGGCCUGCCCGCCAACAUCGUGGAGGAGUACAUCCUCCUGUCGGUGCUGCUCCACGUCUUCGUGGGCCUGAAGCGAACAUGGGACAUGAAGCUCGCUUUGGUGCAGACCCAGGGCAUCAACGUCCUGAACCUGGCCAUCUCCGGCUUGAUGCUCCUGACCUUCAUGACCAUCCACCUCUUCCAGUUCCGCUUCGGCGACACCGACCAGUUCGGCCCGUACUACAUCCGACCGCCUCCGUACCUCAUCAACUUCUGGGGCAUCUCCUCCCUGAACCUCUUCUGGACCUCCGACGCCAGCGUGGAGAAGGUCGGUGUGCGCGACAUCUACGCCUUGGAGUUUCAGAUCUUUAAGAACCCCCUUUGGUCCUUCUUCUACAUCUUCUCUGUCUGCAUCUUCAUGUACCACGCCUGCAUUGGCUGGAAGAAGGUGACGCCGGUGCUAGGAAUUCCCAGGGGCCACAUCUGGCGCGUGGAGCUCAUCGGCUACGGCAUCAUGAUUGUCAUGGGCCUAGUCUACAUCUCCUUCCCGCUCUACGUGAUGGCCACCAAGCCCUUCGCCGGCUACGAGACCAAGAUCCAGAUCCCAGGCAGAAUCGAGUGA